AAAAAAAUGGUUGAUAAACUAGAAAACAGGUUUACGGAACGGGCUUUUAAUCUUUAGAAAUUAGUUUAAGUGACGAAAGUGGGAAACUAUUUUUUUACAGUAUGACUUAUAGGAUGACAUAGAGAAUGACAUAUACUACGUGAAGUAUAUUUCUUAACAAUCGAUGAAUACGGAGUAGGUACGUGGAGGGCAAAACAAGUCACUAUAAAGAGCGCCUUCUUCUCCUCAUAACCUCCCCCUAUACUCACCAUAGAAUCUUCCUUUUUCUCCGGCCGGCGGCGACUCGAUUAUAUUCCGAGCAAUGGCUGCGAUGUUUCUUUCCAACGGAACCCGAUAUGCCACCCUCCCCCAUAGUUAUGUCCAUCCCCUAUCACAAAGGCCACAGCUAUCAGCAUCUGCCACCUGCGACGAUAUUCCGGUCAUCGAUUUGGGCUGCGGAGACAGAAACCUCAUCGUCCGGCAAAUUGGAGAUGCCUGCCGCCUCUACGGUUUUUUUCAGGUCAAUAUUCUAAUUUCUAACCAAAUAUGGAGUAUAUUAAAUUAAUGGAAGGUCAUUAAAUAUGAUUGUCUACACUCUAUUUCAAUUAACUUGAAUAGGGGAUUCAAAUUAUUUUUUAAAAGUUAAUAUAUUUUGCUGGGGCAGCGUCAGGUGGUACAAAAAAUAGUCUUGGAUAAAAUUUUACAUGAAAAUUUUUACACCAAAAAUAUUAAAAUUUUUAAAAUUUGGUCAGUUAAAGUUGAAUCUCCCUAUUAAGAAACUACAUUCAAAUUUGUAUACAAUUGUAAAUCCAUAUUUAAAUUUAAUUAAGAUUGAGUUGGUAUUCUAAUUAGAUUCAUAAAAUAUAGGAGUAUCCAUUUGACCCAAAAAUAUAAUUAACUUUGCAACACAAUGGGGGUACAAAACAACAAUGAAUCCGGUAAUUAUAUUAGACUUAAAUGUUAACGAUAUGAUUUAAAUUCAUAAAAAUUACUUUGAAAAAUUGAAAAAAAUUAAAUUGAGGAAAGCAAGGGCGGCCUUGGGUGGGGGGCAGCAGGGGCAAAACCCCUAUUCCCCAAAGAAGUGUAAAACAAUUAGGCCCAAAAUUUAGGUUUUAUAUUGAGGCUAUUAUAGAUCACUCGCCCCUAGGUCUUGAAACAGACAGGACCGCCCUUGGAGGAAAGUCCACACUAGUCUAGUCUAAGACAUAGUUAGUUAUAUACGGUACGAGAAUUAAACGAGGUUUAAUACGUACGUGUUUUAUAUGAAUGGAAAAAAUGGUCAAAAAUUCGUUGAGAAAACGUUAACUUUUAAAAAACAUGUAAACACUUAUACGUGUAUAAUACGAUAUCUGUUACAAAAAUCCGCACUAAAAAUACGGGAUAUUAUUUCGAACAUUUAAAUUAUAUAUAUAAUUUAAAUGUUCGAAAUAAUAUCCCGUAUUUUUUGUCCAAUUAAUGUUAUCCUUCAAAAACAACAUAUAUAGUAAAAAAAUAACAUUAUACACAUAUUCAAGUAGCAAAUCUCAUUACUAGAUAAAAGAAUUAUUCAUAAAUGCAUAAGUUGAUGACAAAAAUAAAACAUCGUAAUUAAGUCCAAGACAUAAUUUUGUAAAAUAAUGACAAAAAAAUAAGGCAUAUUAACAAUAUAUACAACGAGACUAAGUUAAAAUCAUUAUCUUUAUAUGAUCAUCAAAUAACAUUCAAAUCAAAUAACAUUCAAAUAACAUUCAAGUUGAACUUAUGAUUUCAUCAAGAUGAUGUUCAUGUUCAUGAUGUUCAUGUGAAAUGGGUACUUUGCGCCGUUUAAAGUACUGCGCUAAAGUCAAACAUAAUGAGUUUAAUAGAGAUGAAGGGAUUAUUUAAAUAUAAAUGGGAGAUUUGCUGAUCAUGUCAAGAAACUGAUAAGCUUAUUUGCUCUACAUACAUAAAAUAGUCAUAUCAUACGGAGUAUCACUUUUUUCUGUUUUUUUACUGUUGAGGGUAAGUCUCGUAGAUCGGAAAGCCCAACACGAACUUUGGAUAUAUCAGGAAUGACACAGAAUCAAAGCGUGUAAAAAAUAUAGAUCUGAACUAACUAACACUCGAAAGCUCACUUGUAUUAAUUAACCAGUCUGAUUACAAGGAAUUUCCCGAUCGGUAGGUCGGAAACUAUGCUUUAAUACAAGAAAUAAGAGCAAUGAUGCUAUUCUAGAGCCUGAGUAUUGAAAUGCUAACCCUUACAAUGACUUGAAACCUUCUAUUUAUACUAAUGGAGAGCAUGGGCUGCCCCAUGCUGAUUGGCCGUUGUUCCACCGACUUGGUCAUCCAUGCUUCCACUUGCUGAUGUCAUAGUCUGACAUUAAUUGCACCUGGCCACUUGCUGGUUGGCCGUUGCUCGAACGGGAUGUUGGGCUGUACUGAAGAUGCUGUCAAAUUGGCCCAAGUACGAUAUAUAGCCCGAACCUCGUUCGGUAUGUCUUCUUACUGGGCCAACCUUUAUUUGGGCCGAACUCCGUUCGGUAUGUCUUCUUACUGGAUCUAUUCAUCAUAGAGUGAUGGGUCCGUUGCUUGGGCCGGAUAUCUUGGGCCUUCUCGAUCUGGGUAUUGGGCCUCUAGGUCAAUAUCCCAACACAAGUCCCCCACUUCCGAUGUCUCGAACGAUAGUGAGUGCAUUAGGAAGUAUAUCAAUGUUAUAAUACCCCGAAUGGCGAUCAGGGUACAGAAGUAAUCAGUUCCCCAUGCUGCGAUUUGACGGCUGCCGCUUCAUUUCCCCAUAUUCAUCAUGAUAACCGUCAUUUAGUCUUUUCAUUAGACACGUGUUUAGCUUAAAUGCUCCUUGUGACGUGUCGCUCUCUGAUUGGUUCUUGACACGACGGUUUCAAGGCUAUAAAUUAGCCUUUAACUUCUCAAUUCCGGGUUUCGAUUCUGCAAUUCUCUGCGCCUUGUUGAUUCCCCUGCAAUUCUCUCCCAGCUUCCAUCGCUCAGGUAACUUCUCAAAUCCGGAUUCCUUAUCUUCAUUUCUGGCUCGACCGAGAUGAGCCCCAAACAGCAUUCCUCUGAUUCGGAGAUGGCCUCCCAUGGAGAUGACCGUGACGCCGCCAUUGUGGACGUCAUCACAGUCCCGUUUGCCGGUGGUUCUACUGAAACGGCGACGAAUACCAGGGCUGAGGCGGAGGACCUUCCUAGCACUUCUUCUUCCUCCAGUGAAGAUUCCGACGACACCAAAUCCGAGGACGAAAUAGCCUCCAUGGCGGCCGGACGUCCCAACGAUUUUCCUCGCCAUACCCUUGACCUAAAAUUGAUUAGGGAGAGGCGGCAAAAACUGACCUCCCAUAAUAGGGCCGAAAUUCCGGCCCUUAUCCCUGACCUGGUGGAUUUUCGUUUGCAAGUUGGGCUUCACCCAAUGCGUCAUAGGCCCGGAAUGACCAUAGUUCAUUUUGACUCAAUUAGGGCCGGCCUUAGGUUUCCGCUACACCCUUCUUACAUUUCAUUCUUCAAUUUCUACGAAGUCGUACCGGCCCAAAUUAUGCCGAACUCCUAUCGGGCAAUGGCGGGUUUUAUUUGCCGUUGUAAAGAUGUCGGCGCCCGACCAACCCUAGAACUCUUCCACCAAUUUUUCAAGGUAGCCCCCCAACAAACCCACGGCUAUCUGGCCACUAGUGCCCGAACGGGACACAUCCUGUUCAAGGGAAACCCAACUUCAAUCAAAGGGUGGAAAGACUGGUUUUUCUUCGUGUCUGUCCCGGACGGCCUAAUUCCCCGCAAAUGGAAUGCCUUCCCCCGCAAAACUCCUGAUCCUGUCCUCACUGAAGAAAUUUACAAGGACGUGCUUGCUGUGGAGAAGGAUAAAUGCAUGGACAUCAUGAGUUAUCUUACUCCCGAACGACUUAUUACAGCCGGGAUAGCACCAAACCCAGAUCUACCUAUGGAUGAUAGCAGAGUUAUCGCAGUCGGUGGGGCCGGUAAACGGAAAAAUUCCAGGAAGAACCCGCAACCUACUCCCUCCAUUGUUCCUGCUCAGGAUGCUGCCUCUUCUCAACCGCUUCCAGAGCCACAACCAAUACUGCAGGUCCAUCAGGACCAAUUCGAGGCCAUGCUGGUCGACGAUCGGUUCGGCUCAGACCAACUGCAUCAGUUCUCUCAGCAUUUUGACUCCGUUCGGGGGGAACCCUCGAAUGCAGGUGAGACCCACACCGACCAUAUUACUGGUCAGGUCGAGCGGAUCUCCUUAUCUGAUCCUGUCCACGAGGUAUUAGAAAGGGCUGGUUCUACCGCGAGCCAGAUCUGGUCGACCUCCUCUUGGUUCAAAAAUUUUUCCCUUCCUCAGUUGCCGGUCGAGCAAUCUGAAGAAUGUCUGGCCUUGACCGCUCUGAAGAUGGGUUUGUACACCCUUCAAAUGCGGGAAGCCCGUCUGGCCAAGCCCAAUCUUCUGCUGAGCAAAAUGCUGCUGCCGCCAUCACCUCUCUGGAGGCCGAACGGAAGGCCUUUGCGGAGGAGAAGCAGAGGCUGGAUGCUGAGCUCGGUACCCUUCGGGUCCAACUUGCAGCUUCCCAGGCAAAGGUCCUUGCCGCUGAGGCCGCACAGGUCAAGUUUGAAGAAAUGCCAUCCAGCAUCCCGGACGGUCCCUAUGAAGUGAACGUGGAUCUGUCCGCCGUCCGGGAAACAUUUAAAUCCUCUGAUGAAUUCUCCAUCAUCAAGGAUGAUCACGCAAGGACCCAAAUCCCGUUCGCCUUUGGGGCGUACUUGAAGGGUUUCCCCAAAGGUGCUGGUCGGCUAUCGGCAGGGGUGGCCCUCUUGGACAAGGAUCUCGAGGCCAAAAAAUGGAACGACUCCAUUGUUUCAGACCUUUAUGGCAAAAUUGGCCAGGUCCUGCUGCGUCCCUUCGUUGCUCAGCUUCAAAAUAACCUGGGGAGGCCGGUUCAGGCUUAUGAUCUUCCCAAAGAUGACAUUAUACACGCUCAGUUCGAGAAAUUUCUGCGAGCUCAGCAACGGGAAGCUGAUCGGGCUGCUGGGAGAGAGCCUGAGCCCCCGUCUGAUGAUGAUGAGGACGAGGACGAAGAGGGAGAUGAAAUGGCCCCUGGCCAAUAAUCUAUAUGUACUUUUUAAUUACUUGUUGUAAUUUUCUUUUCUCUAAGUAGCUUGUACUUCCCGGUCAGUAGAACCGAUGAAUAUAUAUCCUUUUUUUGCAUGAAGCUUUGUGUACUGUCUUUUCUGUCUUUAUUGCAUGAUUUACUCGCCAAUUUCCUGACUUUAUUUCUUGCUCAAAUACUCCUAAUGCCGUUGAUCGCCGUUCGGGCAUUAGAAGGUUCUGAUAAUUUAUUAAGGAAAAAACCCCUUCUCUCUGGGACUCAGCCGUUCGGGCUUCAGACCAUUUUUUAGGACUUAGCACAUUCUGGCUUUAGAUAAUUUUUUACAACGUUGAUAGCCGGUCGAACUUCAGAUCAAUUCUUAGGACAGCUGUUUUCUUGGUUUUCUUCGCACCUGGGCUUCUCCGUAAGUUGGUAGUCGUUCGGGCUUCAGAUCAAUUUUUAGGACAGCCGUUUGACUUCAGAUAACCUUUUAUGACAUUGAUAGCCGGUCGGGCUUCAGGUCAAUUUUUAGGACUUAGCCGUUUUCUUGGUUUUCUUCGCACAUGGGCUUCUCCGUAAGUUGGUAGUCGUUCGGGCUUCAGAUCAAUUUUUAGGACAGCCUUUUGACUUCAGAUAACCUUUUACGACAUUGAUAGCCGGUCGGGCUUCAGGUCAAUUUUUAGGACUUAGCCGUUUUCUUGGUUAUUCUAAACAGCAAGUCCCUGUGAUCUUUGUUAAUCCUCUGCAAGCCCGUUCGUCAUUCGGUAAUCGAUGAUCUAAAUAGAUUUUAGCCAUUUCCCCGUUAUCUUUACUGUUCCCCUGUAAGCCCGUUCGGGGUACGUGCACAAAAAUGAAUCAUAAAUGCCCCAGAUUAAUCGUAACCACCCAAUGCCACGUGUUGCUCAUGGAUUAUGGAUUUGUGCGGCACUUUCCCUAUUUAUAGAGAGGUGCUUCCCCUAAUUUCUUCUGUUGUUUCCUCAUUUUUCUUUCGAGCUUUCUCUCUCUAGAAUUCCCAGAAUUCUUUUGCGUACUUUCAAGCCUUCUCUCUCUAGAAUUCCCAGAGUUUUCUCCAGUGUUUUUAUGUACUACCCCUCUAGCUCAGAAUCUGAAGAGAUGCCUUUGAUUCGCACAAGCAAGACAUCCGCUGGUAACAAGGCCGAAUGCUCUUCGUCCCAAACACCUAAACCCGCCAAUCCUCAGGCCAUCAAACAUACCGAACAGCCACAGGAUGACGGAUGUCUAUCCGGAGAUGACGUCCAAGUCUAUAACAAGGGGAUGCCUGAACGGCCACCCCGCAUUCCCCUACACUUCACUCGCAUACGCAAACAAAAACAACGUCUUCCAGAAGAUGUCGAACGGCAACUUGGCCAGUUGUUGCCCCCACCAAGGGAAUACUACGCCGGAUUCAUUCGGCACCCGAUGAGGCACCGACCGGGGCACGUGCUAGUGCACCUUGACGCUCUGACUGCUGGGCUUCGCUUCCCUCUCCAUUCAUUCAUAGUGGAGUUCUUACGCCGGGUUGCUGUACUGCCCGCUCAGUUCGUGCCCAACACUUACCGCAUUCUGACAGGCUUCAUCAUUCGAUGCCAUGAGUUGAGGAUCACUCCAAGCGUCGAUCUGUUUCUUCAUCAUUACUGCUAUCAACCUUACUGGACGACCGGGUACCUGAAACUGGUAGCUCGUUCUGAUCGUCAGCUGUUCACAGAGAAUCUUACCCCGCCGGCUGACUGGGAGGAACCUUUCUUGUUCGUUCGGGUAGGUGAUUCUCUUCCAUUCCCGGAUAGAUGGAACACAUACCCCGUUCGGGAUUCUCAGCCCAGGGUGGACGCCGUUCUACGCUCUCAAGCUGAGUCUUUGCGGAUGGGCGGAACCCGAAGUCUUCGGAGUUUUGUCACUACUUCAAGCAUGUUAUCUGCUGGAAUCGGUGUGAUAUCUCCCAUACCCGUCCGGCGCUCUAUCUCUUCUGCUACCUUGACGGCUUCUUCUGGUAAAGGAAAGGAGAAGAUGAUAGCCGAUCGUGACUCGGCGGAGCAAACCCGUAAGAAGCGCAAGGGGAAUGAUGGCGAUCAACUAAUCCCGAUCGACCAUGUGGUUGAUUUGACCGGGCCGGAGGUUGAGCCCAAAAGAUCGGUGCCUGCCAACAAAUCAACUCCGGCUCUUACUGACGCACCGAUCGAUGAUCGGAUGUUUGUCGAGUUUUCAAACAUGGGGCCCAGAUCAGAAGGGAGGUAUCUGUUUGGGUUGAUGCCAUCUUCUAUGUGGUGUCACACUGCAAUCAAGGUCCCCCCAAGCUUCACGAACCUGACCCACUGGUCGGAUCUUUUCGAAGCAGGUCACCAGGAAGCACUCAAGGCUGGCGUAUAUUAUCACAAGGCCUUUCUUGCAGCUGAGAAGGAAAUGAAAGCCCUGGCCAGCGAUGGGGAUGACGGCCAGGUCCUCCUUUCUGCCGCUCGGAAGUUAGCGACCGAUCUCCAAGAGCAGGCCAAGGAGGAUGAGAAGGCAAAAGCUGCUAUGGCUGAGAUGCAGGAGAAGUCCCGUCGUCGCGAUCGGGAGCUAAAAGAACUCUGGGCCAAGGUGCGGGCUGCUGAAUCUGCUGGUAUCAAAUUUGAUAAAGCUGUUGGCGACCAUCUGCCCGAACCUUACACGGUCAAUACUUCCCAGAUUGCUCAACAAUCGAUAGUGGAUUUUCAACGGGGCAAGGGACUGAACGUCGCUCUGGAGAACACGGCCCGGCAAUUCCUAGGUCCUCACCUUGGCCAAUUUUUGCGUGAGAGCUCAGAUCCCAUCAAGGCAGGGAUCGACCUCCUGGACAGCACGCCGGAAGGGAAAUCUUUCUUGGAUGUCCUGACCGAGAAAACUAUGAAGCAAAGUCAGGACCUGCUUCUGGACAGGAAUCUUGAACUGAUUUUAGAACAUUUCCCCAAGCCGUUCGAUCCUGAUGAAUUAGGCUUCGAUGAUCUGUUCGGGAACACAUAUGAUCGCAUCAUGGAGAAAAGAUCCAAAGCAGCGCCUGAUGAUGCAGUGCAGGCAGGGAGCUCUCAGCCUCCAUCCUCCCCGAACGGCAAUCCUCCAAUAGCAUAGCCUUACUGUAAUUUUUGCUUCUUUAUUCUUCUUGUAUAUUCCGGCUAGUAAUGCCGAAGAAUAAACUGGACUUCUUUCCUUAUCUGUUGUCUUUUUUCUAUUCUUUGAUUUUCUGUUCACAAUCUUUUCUAUGUGGCCGAACCUCACUUGGUUCAUGUAUCUUUAUGUCUGACACCUUUCCCGAGCCCGUUUUGAUCCCUUUUCUGUUCGUGACGCACGGGUUCAAAACUCUUAGCUGAGGUGAAUUCCUCCAAGCCGCUUUGAUCGUGACCACAGGGUCAAACUCUCAGCUGGGACAGGGGCUCCCUCCAAACUGUUAACCCGUUCGUCAUUCGGUCAUCCGGAAUGAUCCCAUGUGUUAACAAGCUGAGGUGAGGCUAUCUCUUCAUAAUUGUUCUGACACCUUUCCCGAACCCGUUUUGAUCCCUUUUUCCGUUCGUGACGCACGGGUUCAAAACUCUUAGCUGAGGUGAAUUCCUCCAAGCCGUUUUGAUCGUGACCACAGGGUCAAACUCUCGACUGGGACAGGGGCUCCCUCCAAACUGUUAACCCGUUCGUCAUUCGGUCAUCCGGAAUGAUCCCAUGUGUUAACAAGCUGAGGUGAGACUAUCUCCCUUCCAAACCCAUAAUUCCGAUGCAUUCCGAACUAUUAUCUCUGGCUCGUAUCAUCCAUAUUAGGGGUCUGAGGUAACCCUUUUCGAAGUGUAAGCAAGAUCACCGAAUUUGGGUCAUUCCUUACUUAUAGCUAAAAGGGCGACUCGCUUCCGAAUCAAAUUCAUGACUGAGGCGAGCUUUUUCAAAACCAUAGUUCCGAUUCACCGGGUGACAAUCUGUACCUUAUCCGAACGUCGCUCGGUUAAUCCAUAUCUUACAGUCUUGACACAAUCUCCAAGCCGUUUUGAUCCCUUUUCUCGUACGUAAUUACAGGGUCGACUUUGGCUAAGUUGACGACUCAGCUCCCUCCAAACUGUUAACCCGUUCGUCAUUCGGUCAUCCAGAAUGAUUCUUCUGGAACCGGUGCGUACAGUUGGCAUACCCUACAUUUCUUAGUAUGUGCAAAGCAGUCCUGCUGGAUAGUCGGCCAAUAAUACCCUUGUAGGAUGAUUUUUCUGGCCAGUGUCUUCGGCCCUUGGUGGCUGGAACAGACACCUUCAUGAAUUUCGUCCAUUACAGCCGCCGCUAGAUCGGGUGGGAGGCAUUUCAGAUAAGGCUCGCCAAACGUCUUUUUGUACAGAUGUCCAUCUACUAAUUCGAACAUGGAAGCCCUCCUCUGGAUGCAUUUUAUUUGAUAAGCAGGAUUCUUAUCCUGUGGGAGGGUUCCGUCCUUCAGUUAGUUGGUCAUAUCCGUGACCCAGCUCGGGACGACAUAGGAUAUGGCCUCGACCUGGAGCACCAUGAUUGCUGGGGUCGCCAAUGUUUCCCGAUGGGCAAAACGUUGGAUGUGAGCCGGGAUUUCCUGUGCUCGAUCGUCGAACGCUGCAUUUUCUAACUUGGAUAGGAUAUCUGCUUCAGUAUUUUCAAUCCUGGAUAUUUGGUCGAGCACCACCUGUUCAAAUUUACGUAUCUGCUCCUCAACUAUCUCCUUGUAGGCCUUCAUCCUCUCUUCUUUGGCCUCAGCAGUGCCGUUUACUUGAUGUACUACCAAUUGACUAUCCGAUCGGACUUUUAACCGAUCGGCACCCAGGGCCCUUGCAUAUUUUAAACCAGCAAUGAGAGCCUCAUAUUCAGCCUCAUUAUUGGUUACCUUGAAGUCAAAAUGAAUGGAAUAAUAUGCUUUGAACCCCUCGGGCGAUGUGAUCACAGCUCCAGCUCCACAACCCUUGGCACUAGCUGCACCAUCCACAUACAUUUCCCACCAGUUAUCCAGCCCAUUGUUCUCUGAAUCUGUUUCUGAGGGCCGGGCGGUACAUUCUGCAAUGAAAUCUGCCAGGGCCUGCCCUUUGAUAGUAGGCCGGGGUUUGAAAUCCACCUCGUAUUGCCCGAUCAGGAGGCUCCACUUGGUAAUGCGUCCACUUGCCAUAGGAUUUCUCAAGAUGGUGGCUAAUGGCUGGGUAGUAUACACAGUUACCGGGUGGGUCUGGAAAUACGGUGCCAGACGUUUAAUGGCAGCUAUCAGGGCCAGUACAUUUUUCUCUAGCAAGGUGUACCUGGUUUCCGGGCCGUUCAACGCCUUGCUUACAAAAUAGAUUGGCCGUUGAACGCCAUCUUCUUCUUUCAACAGUACUGUGCUUACGGCCAGAUCAACUACAGCUAGGUACAUAUACAGGUGCUCCCCUGGUUCGGGUUUUGUCAAGACCAGAGGGGAAGAUAGAUACGUUUUGAAAUCUUCAAAGGCCGUUUGGCAUUCGGCCGUCCAUUCAAAAGGGUUGGCUUUCUUCAUGAUUUGGAAGAAUGGAAUAGCUCGAUCGGCCAGUUUGGAUAGGAAUCUGCUCAGGGCUGCUAACCGACCGGUCAAUCUCUGCACUUCUUUGAGAUUUCUUGGAGCCUCCAUGUCCACAAUUGCCUUUACUUUUUUUGGGUUGGGCUCAAUCCCCUUCUCGCUCAUCAUGUAUCCCAAAAAUUUGCCCCCUUUUACAGCAAAAGCACAUUUCUUGGAAUUCAGCUUCAUAUUUGCUUUUUGCAUUAUCCCGAACACCUUCUCUAUAUCCAGGACAUGGUUUUCCUUCUUUUUGCUUUUGAUCAGGAUGUCAUCAACAUAAGCUUCCAUUGUGACACCCAGCACUUCUUUGAACAGCAUCCCGAUCAUCCUCUGAAAAGUUGCCAUCGCGUUCUUUAAUCCGAAUGGCAUGACGAUAUAGCAAAACACACCAUCCGAAAUAAUGAACGUCGUUUUCUCUGCAUCAGCCGGGUGCAUGAAUAUCUGAUGAUAACCCCGGAAAGCAUCCAUGAAGCUCAAUAAUUCACAUCCGGCAGUUUCAUCCACUAGCAGAUCGAUCCUCGGCACUGGAUAGGGAUCCAUGGGGCACGCUUUAUUCAGGUCAGAGUAAUCCGCGCACAUUCUCCAAGUAGAUUGUUUUGGGGCUAGAACCACAUUGGAUAGCCAUUCUACGUGGAUUACCGGACGGAUGUGCUUUAUUCUCAGCAAGGUGGCCACCUCCUUCUUUGUGAAUUCCCACCGUUCGGUUGCUUGAUACCGUUUCUUCUGCUGCACUGGUUUUGCAUCAGGCCGAACGGCAAGUUUGUGACAUAUUAUCUCCGGAUCAAUACCGGGCAUAUCUUCUGGCCCCCGGGCAAACAGUAUCUGAAACUUUUUGAGGACGAAAAUCACGCCAUCCCGGAUAUCAGCCUCCAGAUCUACCCCGAUAGCCACCUUACGGUUCGGGGGGAAAUCGAGGUCGAUUUGUUCGAGAAGGGUGGCGGGCUCUGGGUGCGCCUCGAACUCCGUUCGGUGGGUUUCCACCUCAAUUGUAUUCACCCGCAUCCCACGAGUGUUCAUCUGUUUCAGGGCCUCCCGAUAACAUGUCCAGGCUGUCGUUGGAUCAGUUCUGGCCACCCCAACCCCAGUGUCUGUAGGUAAUUUGAUGCAUGAGUGGCGGACAGAGGCUAUUGCCUACAGAUCUUCCAGUCCCGGUCGGCCCAAUAUGGCAUUGUGGGCACACUUUAUAUCUACUACCACGAACGUCAUUCGGAGUGACGCUUUGUGGGUUUCAUCCCCAAUUUCAACCAUUAAUUGGAUGGUCCCCUCAGCCUCGAUGCAGUUACCGGUGAAACUUGCCAGUGGGGUCCGUAGGUGGGUCAGUUGGCUCCUUUGUAGACCCAUUUUCUCGAAUGAUUGUAGAUACAAUACAUUCACACUGCUCCCGGUAUCGACCAGUACUCGGCGGAUCAAAGCAUUGUCAAUACACAUGCUUACCAGAAGUUCAUCCCUGUGUGGGCUUGGAGAGUUGGGUAAAUCAGCUGGCCCGAACGUGAUCGGGUCUGUCCUUCCUUUCUUCUGGGGGGGGAGUGGAGACGGAUCCCACAUAAAGACUUCGCUCGAACCUUUUCCGUUCGGCGUUCGAAUCUCCUGUCUCCCCGCCCCCAAAUAUAACCUUGACCUCCAUUCAAGGCUUCUUUCCAGGGCCUCCCGAGCCCUCUGGUUCAUCCCUGGGAGGAACAUACACAUCAUUUUGAGGCUGGGCGUCACGUUGAGCAUCCUGACGCCAGCUAUUAGGUUUCCUGGCCGGUUUCAACGUGCCCAUAGCAUUUGGAUCUUUAUUUACAUAUUUGCCCAGAUGACCCCUUCGGAUCAAAUCCUCAAUGGCUGUUUGUAGGGCCCUGCAGGCAUUGGUGGCAUGACCCUUUCUGUUGUGAUAUUUACAGAAAGCAUUAUCAUCCGCUCCCAUGAACUGUCCAGAAUCAGUCGGGAGGGGAAUAUUGUCCCUCUCGUGCUGAUAGAUGGUCGCUACUGAUAGGACCAGGGGUGUAAAUCUCCCUUGUUUGGGAGGUAAAGCGGCCGCUGGGCUAGGACCCAGCCGAUCGGCCAUUCUGAUCGGGGCAGCAGACGCAAUGACCUUAUCCCUGAUCAUUAUCUCCUCUUCUAGGGCGGCAUGCUUGCGAGCCCUAUCUAAUACUUCGGCGUACACCGUACCCGGAUUUUUCUUCAACUCUUUGUACAACUCCCCCGUUCGGAGAGCAUUUGUGAAUAGGGUAAUGGCGGUAUCAUCCGUCAUGUUUCCCACCGUUAAAGUUUCAUCCCUCCACCUUUUCAGGAAUUGAUUGAGGGUCUCUUUGGCGUUUUGCUUCACGCUGGUCAAAUAGCUGAAGUGUCAUUUGGGAUUGGCACUGGAAGCAAACUGAGCCAAGAAUAACGCCGAUAACUCGGCAAAGCUGUUGAUUGACCCAGGCUGCAGUGUCCCGAACCACUCCUGGGCAGGCCCCCUGAGCGUGCUGAAAAACAACCGGUAAAUGGCGGCCUCGGGUGCUCCUAGCAGCAUGAGUUCCCCUUGGUAACUCCUCAGAUGUACGUGGGGAUCUCCCACCCCGUCAUAGAUUUGGCCGGUCGGGGGUUUGGCACCCCCUUGGAUAUCUGCGUACAUGAGUUCCCUAGUAAACGGGGAAGUAAUUCCCAGCUGAACCGGGGCAGGUUGUACAGGCGCCCUGUUCAUCUGGUCUCGCAUUUCAUUCAUUUGCCUCCUCAUCUCGGCCAUUUCUUCCUCCUGGGCCGUCAAAGGGGGCGGUGGUGGAGCCCUCAUAUCCGUACAAUCCCGGUCUCAUUGUCGUUGAGGGGCCCUAGUAUUUUCCCGCUCGGCAUACUGGAAAUGAUGACCAACGGGAGUUGGUCCUCUAGCUUGUGAUCUGACCGGGGUUCGGUCACUGGGGCUGUGGUGCGCUGUUGGUGGGGCGCUACGUCGAUUAUCCCGAUGGGCAUGCGAGCGGGAUGACGUCGUGGUUGUUUCCGUGCGUGGAGUCUCCCCUGUAAAGCUGGAACCUCCUUCCUCUUCGUUCGCCAUAUGCUGCAUGACCUGGGCCAUGUCACGCAUGGCCUGAGGAUUUCUUCUUAGAGAUUCGGGAAUAACAAAAUCCCCAUCAAAACGAGGAUACGAUCCUCGACUGGAUUGUCCCUGAGGGUUUUGACUCCCCGGGGUGUGACUCCUCCCGUGACGGUGUGAACCGUUGCUUGUAUGAUAGGAACUGAUUCUGACCAUUUUUGAAAAUAGAGGUUUUUGGAUGAUUUGAAUGUGAAACUUUUUGCAUGUUUCCCACAAACGGCGCCAAUGUUGAUGGUAAGUCCCGUAGAUCCGAAAGCCCAACAUGAACUUUGGAUAUAUCAGGAAUGGCACAGAGUCAAAGCGUGUAAAAAAUAUAGAUCUGAACUAACUAACACUCGAAAGCUCACUUGUAUUAAUUAACCAGUCUGAUUACAAGGAAUUUCCUGAUCGGUAGGUCGGAAACUAUGCUUUAAUACAAGAAAUAAGAGCAAUGAUGUUAUUCUAGAGCCUGAGUAUUGAAAUGCUAACCCUUACAAUGACUUGAAACCUUCUAUUUAUACUAAUGGAGAGCAUGGGCUGCCCCAUGGUGAUUGGCUGUUGUUCCACCGACUUGGUCAUCCAUGCUUCCACUUGCUGAUGUCAUAGUCUGACAUUAAUUGCACCUGGCCACUUGCUGGUUGGCCGUUGCUCGAACGGGAUGUUGGGCUGUACUGAAGAUGCUGUCAAAUUGGUCCAAGUACGAUAUAUAGCCCGAACCCCGUUCGAUAUGUCUUCUUACUGGGCCAACAUUUAUUUGGGCCGAACUCCGUUCGGUAUGUCUUCUUACUGGAUCUAUUCAUCAUAGAGUGAUGAGCCCGUUGCUUGGGCCGGAUAUCUUGGGCCUUCUCGAUCUGGGUAUUGGGCCUCUAGGUCAAUAUCCCAGCAUUUACUAUACGGUUCUGUCAUUCUACGUAGUAAACAGUUUUAUUUAAUUUAAUGAAAUUGAGUUAAACACUGAUAAAUCAUAAAUAAAAUUAAUUUAACGUACUAUAUGUGAUGCUCGAUCUCUAAAUAUGAGAUCCAUUUUAGUCGUGAUAAAAGAUAUAAUAAAUGCUACUACGUACAUGAAAAUAUCUUCAUUUAGUUGUGAACUUAGGUGUUCGAAUCAAUAAAGUUUAAAAUUAUUUAUUUGAAAAAAAAUCAUAUUUGAAUAACUUGAGUUACGUUUUAAUUGUAUUGAAUUUUUUUAAUUUCUUGUGAACUUAGGUGUUCGAAGCAAUUUAAGAACUUUUCCCCGGAAAAUCACACUUUCCGGUGAUAGUAUACCGGAAAAGAUGUCACCUGCGUCAGAUUUUUCUGCCGGAAAGUGUACUUUCCGGUGGAAAAGUCCUUGAAUCGCAAGGAUUUAUUAGUUACAGGACCAAAUUUUCAAGUGGUUAAAGUUGGACCAAUAACAAUAACAGCUGAAAUUUACAGGACUAAAAUUGCAAAUAUCCCUACUUGUAUAUAGUGUUUUGCGAAACUUUUUUUUGUCACCAAGUUUGCUUAUUUCACACACUUGCCCUUCUAGCUAGGCUUUCAUUAGUCAAACUACCAAAAUUGGUACUACUAUACAAUCAAAGAAUAGAUGAACUUCAAUUAUUAUGGUUAGAGGGGCGCGCGUAGCUUGCUAGGCGGACCAACCCAUGUCUCGAUCCAUCAUAAAUUGUACUCCCUCCGUCCUGGAUUUAUCUUCAUUCUUUCAUUUUCGGUCCGUCACAAAUUUAUCUCCUUUUUCCUUUUUUGGCAAAGAAUUUGUGGUUCACAACCUGUAACACUUGAGAUUUAAUUUAAAUGGAUUAAUAGUACUACUCAUACCAACAAGAUGCAUCUCCUUUUAAGGGAGCUCAUCACCCAAGAACUUCAAAGUUAAGCCUGCUUGCACAGGAGUAGUCUUGGGAAGGGUGACCCCCUGGGAAGUUUCUCGGGGUGCGCACGAGUGAGGACAAAGUGCGCAGAAAAGGCCAGUGGCGGUUUGUGAGGACAGUACUAGAGGUCUGGAGUAACUACCUCGGGGCCUACAGGGCUGGGGUGUUACACAACCAUUCUUACACAUUUCUCUUUCCUCUGCACAACUCCUCACCACACAUUUCUCACUAUCUUAAAACUCGUGCCCAGUCAAAUAAGGAGAUAAUUCCGGGACGGAGGUUGUAAUUUUGUUUGAAUUAUUAAGGGGGUGUUUGGAACUGAUUCUGAUUCUGCUUCUUUUUUAAAGCAGAAGCAGAAUCAGUUUUCAGAAGCUGGUCACCCCUAGUUUCUAAAAAAACUGAUUCUAGGAGUAAAUUAGAACACCAGAAUCACUUCUGCACUUUUACCCAAAUACUCCAACUUCUGCUUCUACUCCCUGAAGGAGCAGACGCAGUUUUAAGAAUCAAAUCCAAACACCCCCUAAGGUUAAUUUAUGUGAAAAAGUUUCCAAAAGAAAAAAUGACCUCAAUAUUAGUAAUAGUCUUUUGAUUUCCAAAAAUAUGAAUCGGUUGGAAUUUUCUAUAAAAGUGAUUUAUCACUGAUAGACUAUAAGUCUAGAGAGAAGUGAGAGCUAGAGAGAGAAGUAGUAUAUUUGUUUUGUAUUAAUGAAUUGUGUACCCUUACAAUUACUCCCAGAUGGAGUAUUUAUAGGAAAAAUUUGGAGAAUGCUCCCAAGUCCUGGGCUUGGGAGGCCCAUCUACAAUAGGGUCACUAAUGGGCCGGAUACAAAGUACAUAGAAAAGAUUAAGUAUAAAACCCUAUUCUGGAGGCCAUAUGAGGCCGAUGAGGGCACGACCGAUGAUGGAGUGGUCGACGAAGACCCGCCCGACGAGGUCACCUGGCUCUUCCUGGCCUCUGGAUCACAUUCUGACUAGACCUCUUUCUGGCCGACGGGGGUCAUCUGGCCGACGAGGGUCCCACUAGGUGGUCGUGGCACCUUCUGUUCUCCCGAGUAUGUGGGCCCUGGGGUCCAGGCCCAUAUACUCCAUCAGGAGUCCCCCACUCUCUGAGCUGAGAUGAAGACGACGUGAAGGAGAGUAGAGUCCCGAGUGUUGACUUUUUCCUGGCCGUCGUGAGGCCGCUAUGGAGUCUUGGCCGUUACGGUCACCCUUUGUUCUGGUCCUUGAUUUUCAUUGUUACGGGUGUACUGCGUUCUGGCCGUUGUGUGGUCUUUGUUGUAGACGAAGAGGGCCUUAGUAAUGCGGAUGAUGCAUGUUUCUGGUUUCAAAGACGACGAGUGCCUUUUCUUGGUGGAGACGAUGAGCGUUCUCUUGCGCGAGUGGCCGAUGAAGACCUUGUUUCCCUACUCCUGGCCGUUGAUGAUUGAACUUUGCACUCAUGGCCGAGGAUACCAUUGUGGUUAUUUCCUGUUCGAGGAUGAUGAGUGUCCUUCUUCCUCCGAGUAGCCGAUGAGGGUGCUGUUUGCUUUAUUUGGUCGUUGUGGCUCUCAUUCUGUGUCUUUGGCUGAGGAGUGAUGGUAUUCGCGGCUUGGUGUCCAUGUCUUGAGGAUGAUGAGUUCCCGUCUAAAUUUCAGGCCGAGAGUGGAGUAUGCGGUCUCAAAGCCGUUGAGUGCACUGUGAUCUUAGGUGUUACAUCUUUGGAGGGAAUUCUUUUGUCUGCUUAUUUUGCUGCGGCCGAUGGUGCACGACAGGGUCAUGGACGCUGUGGUGCAUAUAUGAUCUGAUGUUGUAGUUGUGGACUUAGUAUAUUUUUAGAUUUCUUUGAUCUUGUCCUCCUGAUUUCCAAAGGUCGGUGUAGUCCCCUAGUCCCCCACUACUUCAGGCCAAAGAGUAAGUGAGGGGUGAAGGAGUAAAGGAUUGCCCUAGGCCGAAGCAGAUUCUUGCAUUCCCUGAAUCCAAUUCCUUGGCGAUUUCCUGACCAAGCUAACCCUGUGGGAGAACCCUUGGACGCAUGUCACUUUCAAGAAAUUAUCAUCGGGGUUUUGUACAAGGCCGAUGGCUGUGGGGUUGCUUUUUGCUUUGCUGUGGUGGCCGUUGAAAAGGCCAUGCUUUUCGCGUUCUGUUUAAGCCGCUAUGGACACACUUUGAGGUGUGACCUACCCUUUUGAAGUCAUCUGUGUUGAGGCCGAUGUAGGUGUGCUUUCUUAGGUUGGCCGUUGCGGGCGCUGAUUGUUGGCAUGUUGGCGAUGGGCUGGUACUGUGGAAGUGGGCCUGACCCGCCUCCUGAACCGGUACCAGCCCAAUGGGCCUUGUGAAUUGUGUACCCUUACAACUACUCCCAGAGGGAGUAUUUAUAGGAAAAAUUAGGGCUGGACUCCCAAGUCUUGGGCUUGGGAGGCCCAUCUACAAUAGGGCCACUAAUGAGCCGGAUACAAAGUACAUAGAAAAGAUCAAGUAUAAAACCCUAUUCUGGAGGCCAUAGUAGGCCGAUGAUGGCGUGGCUGACGAAGACCCGGCCGACGAGGUCACCCGGAUCUUCCUGGCUUCAGGAUCAUAUUCUGAGUAGACUUCCUUCUGGCCGACGGGGGUCAUCUGGCCGACAAGGGUCCCACUAGGUGGUCGUGGCACCUUCUGUUCUCUCGAGUAUGUGAGCCCUGGGGUCCAGACCCAUAUACUCCAUCAAUCCCUAUUUAUGAAUUUCCCUUAUCUCUUUAUCCCAUCCGUAGACCAAUUUCAUUCCAUCUGUCUUGCACCAUCAUCGGCCCCUAGUCCAAUAGGCAAUAACGAAACAUCAGCCGUUGGCCAUCAUAUCAUCUUCAUACCUUCUUUUCAUCUUCUCCUUUCUUUCCCACAAACCAUUAUUGUCAAAGAUGUAGAUUCUCUUUCCCACAUCACUCAUCCUCUUAAAUAGUUGAUGUCGUGGUCGAUUAUUGCAAUUACUUCAACCAUCAUCAUUGCUAGAUCUUCCUAUUGAUGGCUGCGGUGUCUGUACAUAGGGGGUGUACACAGGGGGUGUAGGGGAAUUGAAAAUAUGAAUUGGGGAGGGGGAAGGCAAUGGCAAAACCACAGGAAGGGGCGAGGGUUGGGAAGGGGAUAGGAGCGUUUGUCGGUGGGAGGGAGGGGCAGUACUUUUCGAGGCUUGUGUUGCGACCUAGGCUGGGGGCAUGGCAGUGCUAGGCGUUUGGGGCUGCUGUCAGGAAUGGGCCCACAAAAUGGACGGUAGGGAGGUGUUGGUCGGGAUUAGCAGUGAUUACCGUGACUGUCAUCGGAAUAUUUCCACGGCAGCGGUAAUGGAAGGAAAUGCAAGGGCGAUUGAUUAGGAUUUCUAUGACAUCUUGUGCAUUAGUCACUGACUCACUGUUUGGAGUGCCGGAGUUACUAGGCGGUGUCUUGGUGUAUUGGACGACAUGAGCGGUCACUGAGCCAUGGUAACUGUGGCCGGGGCAGGUCACUAUGUCCAAGUCACUGGGCGGUUGUUACUGGCGAUGGUCACUAACCAUUUACGACCCAAAAGUUACUGCCAGCUUGACAAAGUAACUAAUGAUUUGCAUCCAUUUUCAAAGAUGUGAAUCCUAGCAAGGAGGGUCUUAUUCAUCAGAUCUGUAAGUAUAUGAUAAAUUGGUAUGGAGCUCAUAACAAUCUUAAAGGAGGCGAUAGGGUAAAGAGCGUAGGACUGUUACCUCAAAAUGUUGGAAAUCGAAGACGUCAGCAGUUUAUUUGGGAAAAACCGAGUAGCAAUCAACUGAAGCUGAACUGGUGCAUCUUUAGACAGAAUGGGAAGUCGGCUGCUGGUUUUCUGCUUCGUGAUCAUGCCGGGGAACCGGUAGCGGCGAUUGGCUUUCCGUUGAGUGGUUCGACGAGGGGAGAGGAGGAGAUUUUUCAUCAGGCGGUCCAAUGAGCAGUCACGCUGGGGUUUCCUAAUCUUGUAGGCGAUGUUUCCAAUUUGAAGAUUCUAGAUUUGGGCUGCUUGUCGGUGGGCCAGAAUCGGGUGGCCCAAGCGGGGAUAUUAUUCCAAGUGGGCUUAGAGGGUUCCUUUCGCUUGAUAAAAAUUCUCUUCCUUGUAUUCUCCUUUUACUUUUAUAAAAUACGGUAAACGUUCCCCGGAGUUUGUCCCACCGAUUUUGGUGGUUGCCUCACCAGGUUAAAAAAACUAAUGAUUUGCAACCUUAAAGCCACAAACAACGGCAGAAAUAGUAGCGAUUGUGGCAGAAAGGCGGCAGCGGCAGCAACUCGGAUAGUUACUAUGAAUUGAUUGAUACAUAAAUAGUUACUUCAACCUAUUAUUAUUAACAUUCACUCAUAUAUCAACCUAUUAACUUACAAAAAAAACCGUCACUAUAAAUACUCAGUCACUACUGAAUUGCAUUAACCCACAAAAAAAACCAAUCACUACUUGAUAGAGUAUAUAUCUAGAGAGAAGUGAGAGCUAGAGAGAGAAGUGCAAGUAAUGCUUCAAUAUAAUGAUUUUGUAACCCCUAUAACUACCUUCAGAGGAAGUAUUUAUAGGAAAAAUGUGGGCUGGGCUCCCAAGCCUUGGGCUUGGGAGGCCCAUUUACAAUUGGACCGCUAUUGGGCCGAAUACAGAGCCACUGGUGGGCUAUAUAAAUGAAUAAGUGUAAAAUCCGGUUCUGUGAGACUUCUGUGGCCGACGAGGGUCUUGGCCGACGAGGGCACGGCCGACGAGGACACCCUGGUUCCUUGGCUUCAGGAUCAUAUUCUGAGUUGGUCCUUCUUCUGGCCGACGAGGGUCUUUGGCCGACAAGGACACCGCAUAGUGGCUGUGCUUUCUGUUCUGAGUAUGUGGGUCCUGGGGCCUAGACCCAUAUACUCCAUCAGAAGUCCCCCACUCUCUAAGCUGAGAUGUAGACGAAGCGAGGGAGAGUAGAUUUCUGUGCUUGAUGCUUCUCGGCCGAUGCGGGACCACGUUGGCCGUUCCCUGUCGCGGUGUUUGGCGGCCCUGUUCUGAGUUGCCUGCUCCCUGAUGCGGACGGGGAAGGCUAUUGUUCCUUUGGUGCGCUUUGUUUGUUGGAUGAUGAGUGUUCUAGCACGAGUGGCCGAUGAAGGUAGUGUCUAUCCUUGGUUGUUGACUAGGUAAGUUUCCCUUUUGGGCUGCUGAGGCCGUAGGGGCUGCGUCUUUGUUUUGGGUGGCCGAUGAGGGCACUGCGCAUUCCUUUUGGCCGUUGUUGAUGACGCCCUAUGUUUUUGGAUGACCAGGCGUAUCAUCCUCAAGGUUAUUGGGGAUGAUAACACUGACUGGCCGAAGCUGAAGUUGUGAGGACCUCGGGGCCGUUGCGGUUCAUGGACGACAGUGAUUUAGGUAUGUUAACCUUUCUCUUGAUUCCCGGCUUGAGGGUGAUGUGUGGUUUCAAGGCCGAUAAGUGUCAUGUGAUCUCAAGCUUUGCUGUGGCUGAAGGUGCACCAUGAUGUUAUGGACGUUGUGGUGCAUGUCUUGAUACUGUAGUUGUGGACUUGGUGUAUUUUUUGGAUUUCUUUUGAUUUUGCCUGUUAUUCUUGAGGCCGGUGUAGUCCCCCAGUCCCCCACUGCUUCAGGCCGAAGAGUGAGUGAGGGGUGAAGGAGUAGAUUGAAACCCAGGCCGAGGCGGGCUCCUCAUACAGCCCUUGGAUCCAACCCUUUGGCGAUUUCCUGACCAAGGUAACCCUGUGGGAGAACCCUUGGACGCAGGUCGCUUUCAAAGGGUUAUCAUCAAGGGUUUAGUGCGAGGGCCUUAUGGCCGUUACGUUCCUUUCCUUUGGGAUGUUGUGGCCGUCUAGAUGGCCGAUACGGGUGUUGUGGGGUACCCGUUGUCUGUUGUUGGCCGUUGAGUGCCCUGGCCGUUGUGAGUGUUAUUCUCCCCUUCCCCGUUCCGUAGAGCCUGCUUUGCCAGUGGGCUCUUGAUCUGUGGAUUGGGCUUGGCCCAUUAGUGACGUGGUGGCGUCCCGUUGGUGGCCGUUGGUGUGGCCACUGGGAGGAUGCCACGUGUAGUGACUGUUGGGUGGGGGGUUCUAUAAAUACCCCUCUCUAUCCGACGAAAACUCUCAUUUGCAAUCUGAGCUAUCGAAGUGCUGGCCAAAUUCCUAGAGAGAUAAACUUCAAAGCAAGUGUUCUUCGUGUUCUUCAAGGUUAGUGUUCAUCGAAAUCUCUGUACUUUGUAUAUUUUGCUUCCUAGGCUAGUGAUCUAGUGUUAGGCGUUUGAACGCCCUUAGAUCUCGAAGUAGGUUGCCGUAUACUCAAAAUAGUGUUUAAGAUGAAAGACUUCAACGAAGAGUACUACCCCUACGACGACGAGCCCUCCACCAAGUCCCUUGACUAUGAAGUGGUCGAGGAGUUCUGUGAGGAGCUUGAGAAUCUGAGCUCGUUCAAGUCCGGGGAGCAGGAUGAUGAGGACGGUGAGGAUGAGGGGUCUGCGUCAUCGUCUAGAGGUGGGGAUGUAGUGGUCUCCCGAACUGCUGAUGGGGCGUCCACAUCGGUUUCCAUCCCAUGCCCAAAACCGGUGUCUGCUGUGAAGGGUGUUGCGCCGCCGAAGAGGGUGAGGAGGCCGAAGAGAGGGCCAACCUUCUCGUAUUUGGAUCUGACGAAUAUCUACAUUAUCAGGCCGCAGAGUAAUGCGGGUGAAUACCUGGUUGCACAGAUGUAUGUGGGGCCGUAUGGUAGGGUUAUGGCCCCCAAGCCGACGGACCAUGUCCUUAAUCCACCCCCGGGCUACUUUGGAGUGUACCCGAUGAGCUUUGCCAAAGGGCUUAGGUUCCCGCUUCAUCCCUUUAUCACUGAGUACCUAGAUAUGGUGGGGCUCCCUCCGGCCUUGUUGACGCCGAAUAGCUACUCGCUCAUUGGAUUUCAGGCUGACGACGGCGCUGUUUAUGAACCUAUACCAGAUAGGCCGCGGAAGUCACCAGAACUGUGCGUCGUAUGUCACUCUCCAACCACUCCCCAAGAAAAGAAGUUUCACAGACCUGCCGACGUCCAUCCAUGGUUGGAAAGGGAUGUUCGUGUUCGUAUCGUUGGGUGAAGGGGGUGUAGAGUUUCCUUCCGUCGGCCACAGUGGACAGUUUAAUCUUCAUGACACGCCGAGGAGCUCCAUCCCGGACGCUCAGGUUGAGGCUUUCUUGAAGGGAGGGCCGAGGAGUUUGAAGACGUACAUUACCGAGUACAAAAUGGCCGCCCUCGGCUUCGUACGGUAUUUUGUGUAUGGUGACAAUGACGACGAUGUGGAGUUGUGGCCGAAGAUGACCACGUCUUACGAGGAGGCUGAUGGUCCCGAUCUGGGGGUGCCAGCUGAGGACGAUGGUAAUUCCUUUCUGAUGCACUUCUUCUCGUCGUACUUUUGUAUUCUCUGUUUGCUGGCCCUUAGUGUUUUUUCUGGUGCAGGUUUUGUCAUGGAUCGUAUGUCCUUCAUGAAGAGGGCACAACUUAAGGCGGCCGAGGAGCUGAAGGCCCAACAGCCUGGUGCUGCCCCUGCGGCCAAGCCCCCAGUGCAGCCGAAGAAGAAACGGCAGGCCGAUGAGGGCCAAAAGAAGUUGACUGAGGCGGGACUAAAGCCUGCCAAGAAGUCGAAGGGAGCUUCCCCUACCGGUGAUGCCGGGACGUCGGCUGUUCCCUCUGGGGAUGGGGGGUUCCAAUGUUGAUGCUUUGGUGGACCACCCUUCGGGCCCUUCGUCCACCACCCUGUCCACCGUUCCUGCUGCCGUAACGGCCACCCGAAAGAAAGGGUCCGGCCGAGAGCUGGUCAAAGGGACCUACAAGCUUGAGGUGGAGUACCCUGUCAAAGGGGGGCUGUUCAACGAGAUCGUUGACGGCCACGAGGUGAUCUCCCAGGCCAUCCCUGACGAGGACUGGGCUUACCUGAAGAAGCUCGGCCAUGUUAAGAUGUACGAUGGUGGGAUGGACCACAUCGUCCAAGUAAGUACUCACGUCCGCUUCGUCUGUGUUUCUGUUUUUUUUUUGUUACGCGUUGUUGUCGUCUAACCCAUAUUUUACCGCAUGGCGCCUUCAUGUUGAUGGAAAGCAACAGGAGGCAGCAGAAGGAGAUUGCUCGCUUGAAGCAAUUCGAGCAAAUGGUUGCUUCGGCCGACGAAGCGCUGGGCAGCUUGGAGAGGCUGCGGCUUGAACUCGAAGGCCUGAAGAAGAGGGCUGAUGAGGCCGACAAGCUGGCUGCUGAGAAGGAAGGGGCCCUCCAGCGCUUAGCCGAUAUGGAGCGUGUUCGUGACGAGGCCCUUCGGCGUGCGGAGGAGGCCGAGAAGGGUAAGGCCAGUGCGGAGCUGGCCCUUAGUGCCGCCGAGGAGAAAGCUGGUGAGGCAGCUAUGCAGAAGUUUCUCGAAGUCGGCUGGAAGGACGAGGACCGGCUCUCCUGGUGCUUCGAGGUCGUGGCGGCCAGGCUUGUUGACUGGGUGACCAAAUCCCCUGACGGCCAGGCGUACUGGGAGAAGGAGAAGAAUCUUCUACGACCUUGGUCAGUACCGGAUGCAACAGCUGCUGUACAGGAGGCUUCAGCGGCGUUUCAUAGAUAUGGGUGUGGCCAAGGAGUGGGUCGUCGGCCUUGAGCUGCCUUCAUUGAUGAGGCAUCCCGAAGCGGAGUUGGAGCUCCCGGUGGCUGAUCAGCACCUCCCCAUUGAGAGCUCUCGCAUCAGCGAUGAUUGGGCCUAUGAGCGAAGUAUGUUUGAGGAUACCGCGACGUCAGGUAUUGCUGCCGGUACGUCUGCUGCUCCGGCCGAAGAGAGAGCCGAUGCCGAGAAGGACUCCGAAGCUCCUUCAGAGCCAUGAUCCCUUGUAUUGUUUUUUCUGACUUUUGAUUAUGUAACGGCCCAGAAUCCCACUUUGUACUUUCCUCAUUUAUGAAUGAAAAUGCCUCGUCUUUCAUACUUUGAUAUUUUUGCCUUCUUUUCUUUCCGUGUUGUACGACGUCCCCGUAUGAGUGUUUGCUUGGUCUUGUUGCCAAAAUACUUAGAGAAUUUUUGGAAAAUUUCCUAAGUAUAAAAUGUCAGUCAUAGCUUUAGAAAAUCUUCCAAGUAGGCAGCCGAUACGGACAUGAGGGUACCUUCAACUUUUUUGGGUGCCCUCUUCGUCUAAGUGUUUGGGAGUUGUAGUUUCCUCUGCCUGUUACCCUUUUCGGCCAUACCUUUGAUGCUUGUGUUUUCUGGGACACUUUCUACGUGUUUGAAGUCCACUAAGUGGCAAUUUGAGCAACCGCCUUAGUUGUAGUGUCUUUAUCGGUUAGCAAGACCUUACCGGUCAUUGGCGAGGCCGAGACGGGCACCUACAGGUCUUUGAGUGCCCGCUUCGUCUUGGGGCUGCCCCUUCGUUGAGGAGAUUGCCCGAUUUUUAGGCCAUGUAACUUUCUCUUCGUAGUAUCGUCGUCGGCCAAGUUGGACGGUAUGGCUGAUGAAGGUACCCGGUGUUUUGCCUCUUCCUUUGCGUUUGCUUUCUUUAGAAUUCUCUAAGUGUCGGAAUUCGCUUGGUAAACUUCCUUUGAAGAUUUUCAGCUUAAGCCACCGUCUAGGUUUUAGCGUCUUUAACGACCAGCAAGAAUCUUGUGGCCGGUAGGGGUUGCCACCCGUGUGUAACUUUCCCACGGGUGUUUUAGUGCCCGCUUCGUUCUGGGUCCUUUCCGGUGGUCAACCUCGGGAUUCUGUUUUAAGUGUGAAGUUGUAAUUCCUUUUUUCGUGCUAAGUGUUGGCGCUUCAAGUGGUUAUGGCCGAUGAAGGUUACCACCCUAGUUUCACCCAACCACCUUGGUUAGGGUUUUAUGGGUGCAUGCUCCGUCCUUAACACUUUCUUUGUAGUUGGUGGCCGCUUCGUCCGCGUUACCUGUUGUUAGUGUUACCUCUGUAUUCAACUGAUAUGUACUUAGCCAAAUGUGGCUGAUUUGUGGGGAUUUAUUUUCACUGCUCGAGGCCGGCAAGUGUGCGCAGUCCUCGGCUUCCCUCCUUUUUUUGUUCCCUAUUUCGGGCAGUGUCCUUCUUUUAGGCUUCGGCCGAAGGGGUCGAUGGCCCUUCGGCCGGUUUGGACUUCGUUUAUAACGUCCAUGAUCUCGAGGGGGGGGGGGUCCCAUCGCCUAUUUGUGACGCGGGCUAGACUUUUGGUUGGUUUCCAAUGGCUGCCGUUGCCCAUCCCUGAGUUUGGGGAUCUUUUCACCUCGGUCAUGAUUUCAGGCCUGUCGUCCUGCGAUCAAGCGCGUGGACGACGCGGUGAACUUCCCAUUUCAAGACGCGGGCCGUUUGCGGGCCCCUCGUCCUGGGGACGUCGUCGGCUCUGCCUGAGUGUCUCGCUCUGAGGAAUCGAUACGACGUGCUCUCUCAGCUGGCCUAAACCUUUCGCUGAUACAAAAUACAAUGGGCAUGCCUGAGCUUUUCGCUCUAAAGAUGCAGAUGCGAAGCGCCACAUCGGCCAUGCCUGAGCCUUUCGCUCUAAGGUGGCCGAUGAGGGCGCCUAUCAAUGUGGUACUUGGAUUCCAAGAAAUCAAAGGAAACAUGAUUUUUAUUCAAAAGUGGCUCAAGGCCGAGGGUGUCGUUCAAUCAAUAACCCGUCAAAAGGUGAGGGCUUCACCGACUGCACCUCUUUCGGAUUAUUGAUAAAACUUCACCAAAUGGUGUACAUUCCACGUUCGUGGUACAUUGGUCACGUUGGGGCAUUUAAGCUUGUAGGUAUCGGGUUUCACCACGGCACUGACGAUGUAGGGACCUUCAUACUUCAGGGCUAGCUUGCCUCCUUCCGUCGGCUGACUUGCUUCCCUUCGGCGGAGGACGUAGUCCCCCACUUGGAAUUCUCGGGAACGUACCUUGGCGUCAUAGUAUGAUUUCACUUGACGCCGGUAGUUCUCUGCUCGGAUGAAUGCCUGUUCACGUCUUUCAUCGACCAGGUGGAGGUCGAUUUUCAUGUUUUCCUCGUUAACCUGAGGGUCGUACUGUUCCACCCAUCGGCUGGGAAUAGCGACCUCUGUGGGUGCCUUUGCUUCAAAGCCGUAGCACAGGGCAAAAGGUGUUUCACCCGUUGCCCUCCUCGGCGUAGUACGAUAGCACCACAGGAUGUUGGGGAGCUCGUCGACCCAACUCCCUCUUGCGUCCUGUAGGUUCUUCUUCAGUCCCUCCAUUAUAGUUCUGUUGGCGUUCUCAACCUGCCCGUUGCCUUGAGGGUAGGCAACGGAGGAGAAAAGGUGCUUUAUUCCAAACUCUCGAAGGAGCUCCUGAAAGGGCGCCGCUUCGAGCUGGGUGCCGUUGUCUGAUAUGAUCUCUUGGGGGACACCAAAGCGGGUGAGAAUGUUCUUGUGAUCGAACUUCUGACACCUGGCUCCCGUGAUGCUGGCCAAAGGUUCCGCUUCGAACCACUUGGUGAAGUAGUCGACUGCGACGAUGAUGUAGCGGUUGUUGCCAGCAGCUCUGGGUAGAGGGCCGACCAGGUCAAUCCCCCAUCUCGAGAAUGGAAUAGCAGUGCUGACGGAGGCGUAGUUGACGGCUGGCCGACCAGGGGCCUUCCGGAGCACCUGGCACGUGGUACAUUUCCUGGCCAGGUCCGCACAAUCCUGCGCCAUCGUCGGCGAGACGCCAGGACAUGUUGAAAGGGCCCUGGUGCGAGGAGCAAACACCACAGUGAACUUCUUCCAUGGCCACAUCGGCCUCGUCCUGUUGUAGGCAUCGGAGGAGAGUGCCAUUAUAGGAUCGUUUGUAGAGUUUGUCAUCUUCAAUGGUGUAGCUUGGGGCCCUGAGUUUGGCGAGCUUGGCCCUCUCCUCGUCCUGGGGUAGUUCCCCCGUCGUGAUGAAGGUGGUGAUGUCGGAGAUCCAGUCUUCCGGUCGCUGUUGGAUGCACAAGAUGGGGCUGGCAUGGAUGCUGGACAUACUCAGCUCCUCGAUCUUGGCUAACUGGGAGAUGUGCUCCGGAGUGUCUGAGCUGAGUUUGGAUAGGAUGUCGGCCUCGGCGUUCUCGGCCCUUGGGAUCUGUGUGAUCUCGUGGGUUUCGAACGCCUUCAGCAACUCCUCUGCCGCUUGCUUGUAUUGCUUCAUUCGGCCCUCCUUUGCUUCGUACGUACCCCCAACCUGGCCCACUACCAGCUUGGAGUCGCACCUGAUUCUGAUGUGCCGGGCUCUGAGGCCGGCGGCGAGUCUGAGGCCGCUGAGGAGGGCCUCAUACUCGGCUUCAUUGUUGGAUACCCUGAAGUUGAAGCGGAUGACAUAGUAAGCUCUGAAUCCUUCAGGGGAUAUGAGGACGCCGCCGCCGCCACAUGAUUUCGCGGCCGACGAGCCGUCGGUGAAGAGGAUCCAUGUGUCAUCGGGCUCUGGCCCGGGGGUGGUAGUGGUUGUCUCCCUAGCCGUGCAUUCGGUGACGAAGUCGGCCAAGGCUUACCCUUUGAUAGAUGGCCUUGGCUUGAUCUCAAUCUGAAAUUGCCUAAGGAAGAUCGCCCAUUUCACCAUUCUUGAGGAGCUAGUGGGGCUCCUCAUGAGUGCGCCGAGGGGCUGCUGGUCAGUACAUGGACGGCAUGGGCCUGGAAGUAGUGCCCCAGCUUUUUCACCGUAUGGACGAUGGCUAGCACCGUCUUUUCAAUGGGGGGGGGGGGGUACCUGAGCUCGGCCUCCCUUAAUGUCUUGUUGACGUAGAAAAUGGCCUUCUGCACCCCUUCGUCCUCACGGAUGAGCACGGAGCUGAUGGCCGACGUGCUCACCCCUAAGUACAAGAAGAGGGGUUCGCCGGCUUUGGGCUUGGAGAGCACGGGUGGGGAGGAAAGGUACCUCUUCAGCUUUUCAAAUGCUUCCUGGCACUCCGUCGUCCACUUGAAGCUGUUCGCCUUGCGCAUGAUUUGGAAGAAAGGGAGUGACCUCUCGGCUGACUUGGAGAGGAAGCGGCUCAGGGCCGCCAGGCGCCCCGUCAGCCGCUGUACCUCCUUGACGUUGCGGGGCAGCUCCAUGUUGAUGAUACCCCAUAUCUUCUCCGGGUUUAUUUUGAUGCCUCUCCGGCUGACCAUGUAGCCGAGGAAUUUGCCGCCUUGGACGCCAAAGGCGCACUUCUUGGGGUUGAGGCGGAGCUUGAACUCCCUCAUGAUUUCAAAAGUUUCCCGGAGGUUGUCAGCAUGUGUGGUGGCUUGCCUGCUCUUGACAAUCAUGUCAUCGACGUAUGCCUCCAUCGUCCGGCCGAGGACCGCUCUGAAGAUCUUGGCCACCAUCCCGGUAUAGGUGGCGCCAGAGUUUUUGAGUCCGAAAGCCAUGACAAGGUAGCAAAAAAUUCCCUCCGGGGUCAUGAAUGUCGUCUUCUCAGCGUCAUCUUCAUGCAUGAAAAUCUGGUGGUACCCUCUGAAAGCAUCAAGGAACGACAUCAACUCGCAUCCCGCCGUCUCGUCCACCAACUAAUCAAUGUUGGGGAGAGGGAACGGGUCCAUGGGGCACGCCUUGUUCAGGUCAGCGUCGGGUACUUCACCUCUUUGAUGUGGUUGAUUGAGAGGAGCAUGGCGACCUCCCCUUUGACGAAGUCCCGCUUGUCGGCGGAUAAGUAGCGCCGCUUCUGCUUGACAGGCGCGGAGGCUGGAUCGACGGUCAGCCGGUGGGUGAUCACCUGCCGGCUGAUGCCUGGCAUGUCGUCCGGGCCCCACGUGAAGAUAACGGCGUAUGAUCGUAGGACGAGGAGGAUGGCGUCCCGCUGGUCCUGGGGGAGUUGCUUCCCGAUUUUGAGGACCCGCUCCGGCCGGGAGGUAUCCAGAGGGACUUCCUCGACCUCCUCGGCCGGUUCGGCAUGCGGCCUCUCCUCGUCCUUGGCCACGGCCGUCGUGAUGGUGUCUAUCCUCUGUCCUUCCCUUUCGGCCGGCCUUGUUAGCUUGAGGUAGCAUGCUCUGGCUAUUCUCUGGUUUCCUCUGGCGUAGCCGAUGCCGCCAUUGGUGGGGAACUUCAGACACAAGUGCUUCAUGGAGAUGAUUGCCUCCAAGUCCUCCAGUGCUGGCUGCCCCAAGAUCAGGUUGUGGGCGCACUGGAGGUUGACCACCAUGAACUCCAUGUCAAUUUUGGCGCGGUGGGGGCCGUCGCCGACCUCCACGGGGAGGACUAUCGUGCCCUCGGCGUCGAUAGCGUCCCCGGUGAAGCCGGACAACGGUGUCUUGAUCGGCUUCAGCAGAGCUUUGUCCAGCUUUAGCUGCCUGAAGGUGUCCAAGUACAUCACGUUGACGGAGCUCCCUGUAUCGAUGUAAGUGCGGUGGAUGAUAGAGUCACCGAUCUUACACCGGAUGACGAGGGCGUCCCUAUGUGAUUCCGUACCCGGAGGCAGAUCCUUGUCGGUGAAGGUGAUCGCCUCCGUUCGCUGCUUCUUCGGCUAGGGGGGAACGUAGGACACCUCCCCAAUGUAAAGGGAUUGGGCCCAUUUCUUCCUCUGGGUGACGGAGUCCCCCCCGGUGUUCCCCUCGUCGUCGCUGAGCCUGCCGAUCUCCCCCUUCUUCGUAGAGGGUUCGCCCCCAGGUUUGCCGGUGUUUACCCACGUAUUUUUGCGUGGGCCACCUUUAACAAAUUGGGAGAGUUCUCCCUGACGAAUAAGGCGCUCGAUGGCUUUCUUUAGCGUGAUGCAGUCGUCGGUGUUGUGCGAGGAGUUCUUGUGAAACCGGCAGUAUGUGCCGCCCUGCUGGAUGGCAAGGACCUCCUCGGCCGGCCGAGGAGCCUGCUCAAUGAGGCCAUGCUUCUCGGCGUAGUCGAGGAUGGUGCUGACCGGGUGGGUGAGGGGGACCCCCGUCCAUUCCAACCUCGGCCGCCAGUGGCGGUCUUUCUUACUUUGUCCACCAUAGCCGUGACAGCUCUGGGCACCCUGGCCGGCCAGGGAUGGUCCCGGGGCCGGCGAAGGAUUUGUCUUCUUGGAAGGAUGGCCUCCCUCUUUUUUGUGGUUGUGGAGCUCGUCGGCGUCGGCGUACAAACUCCCGCGCUGAAGCGCCUUUGCAUACGAUCUUGGAGGAUCGGUGAUGAGGCUUCAGGCGUACGGGGAGCUACGGAGGGCUCCCUGGUAUAGGACGAGGAGGGUGCGCUCAUCGGCCCCCUCGACUUCUUCGGUCUCCCUCGUCCACCGAUCAAUGAACGACCGGAGGGGCUCAUCAUGUGUUUGCUUGACGGAGAGGAGAUGGGUGAAAUACUUCUUCGCGCGCUUCCUCCCGGCAAAAUGGGUGAGGAAGCGCUGGGCAAGGUCUUGCCAUGAGUCAAUACUUCCUUCGGGGAGCGCUUUGAACCACUCGUACGCUGGCCCCUCAAGAGUAGAGAGGAACCAACGACAGAGAUAUUCAUCCGACGCGUUCACCAUCAGCAUGUUGUUCUGAUAGCGGCUGAAGUGCUCCUGGGGGUCUGAUCGGCCAUCGUAGGACUUGAUGGCGUUUCCCCUGUACUUCUCCGGGAUGGGAGCCGAGAGCACCAUGUUAGUGAAAGGGGUCCUGGUCUUGACUUGGAUGACGGAGUCACCUCGCCCUUCGGCCAACUCCCUCUCAAGGGCGCUGACUUUGUUCAUGAGGGCGUUGAGGCCAGGGUCGUUGGAGGCGCCGGCCAUAGGGACAUUUGCCGAUUGCCUGGCCUCCAUCUGGGCCAGCCUCCUUUCCAGCUGGGCGAUGACCUCGUCCCGUGGAUCCCUAGCGGCCGCAACGGCGCCCUGCUGGUUCUUCAUGCGCUCGUCGUGGGCCGCGUUGAUCUGGUGGUGCACGUCGACCUCGUGCAACUUUCCUUUGCCCUUGUCCAGGCGGGGCUUGUCCGCUGUCCGGGAUACAGACCCCAAGCUUUCCCAUGGCGAGCCAGGCCGACGCUCACCAAUCCGCCCUGCCAUCCUCUCCGAGACCGGACGACGGCGCGUGUCACCUAGCCUAUUGAAGGCAGAGGCUUUUCCACGCGCUGGGGUCUGCCCAGGCCGAAGGGGGGAAGCGGGGUGGGAGUGGGACGACGCCGUGUCCUGGGCCAUCACCCCCUCAUCGUUGCCUAACCUGACGGCCAACGGUUGGGGCUGAGGAGGUGGAGUGACGUUCCCCCCAGUCCUUGGCAGGAGUGCGCUGAGGACGGUGGGGUUCUGGGCCAAGCUGGCGAUGAUGACCGACAAUGCGGCCUGGACCUGUGGAUCCACAGACAGAGAAGCCGCAACCAUUGGCUGGGCCAGGGCGUGGUCUGUCUUCUCAGCACGUUUCCAGGCCGAUGCGGGCAUCAGGGGCUCCGCCGUUGAGUUGGUUGCGGAGGUCCGUCGUCAGGUUGAUGGCCUCCUGGAAGACGUCUCCUCCGCCGACCUGGUCGGCCGUAACGUCCUCUUCAUGCUCCCUGGUCUCCUGGUCCUCAGGGAUGGCCUUGCUGACGAGGUUGCGGUUUGACUUAGUCCUUCCCAUGAUCAGUGGUUAGCUGUGCUUGGUAGCGACGAAUGGUGCUAACUUGAUUGUUCUAGCUCUCAAUGAAAGCACCAAAAUGAUAGAGUAUAUAUCUAGAGAGAAGUGAAAGCUAGAGAGAGAAGUGCAAGUAAUGCUUCAAUAGAAUGAUUUUGUAACCCCUAUAACUACCUCCAGAGGAAGUAUUUAUAGGAAAAAUGCGGGCUGGGCUCCCAAGCCUUGGGCUUGGGAUGCCCAUUUACAACUGGACCGCUAUUGGGCUGAAUACAGAGCCACUGGUGGGCUAUAUAAAUGAAUAAGUGUAAAAUCCGGUUCUGUGAGACUUCCGUGGCCAACGAGGGUCUUGGCCGACGAGGGCACGGCCGACGAGGACACCUUGGUUCCUUGGGUUCAGGAUCAUAUUCUGAGUUGGUCCUUCUUCUGGUCGACGAGGGUCUUUGGCCUACGAGGGCACCGCAUAGUGGCUGUGCUUUCUGUUCUGAGUAUGUGGAUCCUGGGGCCUAGACCCAUAUACUCCAUCACUACUCCUUACAAAUAUCACAUAUGACUAUGCUUUUUGUCAAUUUUUUAUGUUAUCCCAUGGAUGUGCAAUACUUGGUAACAGGAAAAAUUAAUAUGAUGGUCAAGCAGCCUUACGUUAUAUUCCAUGUACAUAGUCUCCUCCUAAACUUUAGAUGGCAGUUACCACGAAAAAGGAGCUCAACAACCGUCUUACAUUUUGCUUUUGAUUUAGUUGAACAAUAAAUGCUUUUAAUUGAUGGCCAUACAAGGCAAUUACUCAAUAAACAGCACACGUAAUUACUCUAGUAAUCACUUUUUUGGAAAUUUAACAUAUGAGUCACUUUUUUGUCAUUUGAUGUUAUAUUAGUAAUAUUCAUAAAAAAAGACCUUUCCAAAAGUAUUUUUUGUACUAGUCCCGCUCCAAAAUUCUGCCCUGCCUACGCUACGGUAUGAUGGUAUUUCUCACUACUAGCUACUAUUACAGCCACACUAUCAUCAGUGGACAUAUAAGGCGUGCGGGCGGUGGGUCCAGUGGCAGAGCCAGGAUUGACAGGUUACAGGGGCUGGAUUUAAGAAAUUUAUAUAGCAGGGGUCAAAACAUAAAUUUUCACUAUAUUUUUUACUACUUAUAAAUUAUUAUACAUAUAUAAAUACAUCACAAUUUUUUUCUUGCAGGGGUCGUGGCCACCGCCAGCCCCUGUCUCCACCCCUGGGUGGGUCCCAUUUUUUCAAACACGAAAACUUAUGAUUUCCCGAAAAUUAAAUAUUUAAAACAAAACAAGCAAAAAUACAUACAGUAUUUAGAAUUGAAAUGUUUCCUCAUUUGUUCAACAUGUGAAUGAAGUGAGAUUUCCUUAUUUAGCUAAAACAAAAUUAAAGAACAAAGUUCAACAUAUAAAAUAAUACGUACGUAGUAUUAAGUCCACAUUCAUUUUAUCAAGUGUAUUUAAAAUUAUAAAAAAAAUCGCAUUGUUAAUUGCGAUUAUAGCCGGGAUGGAAACAAAUGACUCCCAUUAAAUGUGCAAAAAUGAUGCACACGAUAGUUAAUUAUUGAUUGCUUUCAAUAUUAUAGUAAAAUAAAGUACCACAACUGAAAUAUGUAUACACUUACAAAGUUACAAGAUAAAUGAUACAUGCAAUUGGCAAUUGCUCUAAAAUGAGGUUUAGAAGAUGUCGGUAUACACAAAUAAUUUAAAUUAAUUAAAAAACUACGUAAUAUUCAAUUAACAAAAUAUAAUGACUCUUCAAUGUUCUAGUUGGUCAUUAAGAUACCAUGCGUCGGCCUUUUAUUCGCUACCCCAAAAAAGACAAUAAGACGGUUGAAGAAAAUGACUUUACAUUUGGUUGGAGUAAUGUUUAUUAAUAAAGAAGGCGAAAUUAACCUACUAUCCUCUAUUAAAUAAGAAAAAUGAAUUUACAUUUGGUUGGAAUAAAGUACAAUAGUUUCAUUUUUCAACUUUGACUGUAAUUUAUCCAGUUACAUGUUAGUAAACUUUAUAAAAAAUUGAUAUAUUGAAAAUUCACAUUAAUAGAAAUUGAAUAACAUUUUAUACAUAAUAAUUGAUCAUAUAUUAGUAGAAAAUUUUAGUCAAAAUAAAAUGCGUGAGUAGUGAAAAAAACAGAACGUUGCAACUAUUAAAAAACGGAAAAAGUAAAAGACUGUGAGUAAUAUUAUUUUAAUUUCAUUGUACGCAUAGGUCAUGUAUGAAGAGUACGUAUACAAAAUGGUAAAAUGAACAUAUGUACUUAGAGUGUAAUGUGUGUGUGUGUAACUUGAAACUUCUGUGUACGAAAGUGUAAUGUGUGUGUGUAACUUAGUGUGAAUGAAUAAAAGGAAAUUUAUUUAUAUUAGUAUGUGACAAUACGUUCAUAAAUUUCUAGCUAAUAUUCAGUGUAUGACUAGAAAACUUAAACAUCCAUUUACAUGACCAAUAAAUAAAUUGAAGGGGUAAAAAGAUCAUUAAAAUACAUAUUACCUCCGCCUUAGACCUGGAUAAAACCGGGCCGGUCCGCCCGGCACGCCCAGCUCGUCCGCACAAAUGGGUGGGCUUGGGCAUAUAUAUUUACCCACCGGGCCGACCCGAGCUCGGCCCGCAAUAAGAUAUGGGUGGGCUUGGGUUAGGGUGUAGGCCUGUUUGGGUCGAUAAGCCCGACCCGCUACAUUUAGUAUAUAUAAAUAUAUAUUUAUAUAUAUAUAUACUAAUUUAUUUGUUUAUUUGCAUAUACACAUGUAUAUUUAUAUUUACUAAUUUUUCUUUAUACAUAUUUAUAAUUUAUUAUGUUUAAAUUUAAAUUUUUAGUUCAUAACAACUAGCCCAACCAAUAUAAUAUCUAUUUUUGUACUUAAAGAUAAUAUUUUGUGCUUAAAUUUUAAAUUUUAGAUAUAGUUUCUCAUUAUUAUUUUUGUGUCAGUAUUUUUUUUUGUAUGUGGUGAAAGAUGUAUAAACAUUAUAAGCGUAUAUUAAUUACUUUUUAAAUGUUGUAAUAUUAUUUUUAAAGUAUUUAAAAAAUUAUAUAAUUUUGAAAAAAUUAAAGUUUUCCCGGGCCGGGCGGCCCGGUGGACUACCCGGCCCGCUCUUAUGGGCGGGUAUGGACAUAGGGUUAGGCCCAUUUUUGCGGGCCGGGCCAGGUCCGCGCACACAUGAUGGGCAGAAAAUUUAUAAAAAGCCCGACCCGAGCCCGACCCAAACUCGUUUUUGUACAGGUCUACUCCUCCGCCUCAUGCCCUCAUUCAAAAAUGAUACGGCUAUUUAAACAACAUUAAAUAUAUUUUAACAAAUAGUUUUGAUAUAUACAUAAUAUAAUUAGUUAUUGAUGAUAACUGUGAUAUUAUAAACAUACGAAGUAUUAUUUUUAAUAAUUGAUGAUUAAAUAGUUAUUUAAGAGCUGGUGUUAAUAUCUUAGAAAUAAAUAAAUAUUUAAUCAUAUCUUAGGAUUCACCAUAUCUUUUUGUUUGGAUAAAAUGUAAAUAUAUAUAUCCAGAAAAUAGCAUUACAAUGCAUCAAAUGUAUAAAAAAUAACUAACUAAGCUAGCAAGCCAACCUAACUAGUAUCUACCGUAUCCUACCCCCACCGUGUGGCAGGGAGAGAGAGAAUUUUAUAGGAGUCCAAACCGCAUGGGACAGGCCCCAGCACGUUUCACAAAAAGUCAAGUACCUAAGAUGGACUAGCCCAUGAAGAGAUAGCCCAUUAACGAGUAAAAAACCUCUCGUAAAGUGCUCCGUCCAGACCAAUUAAGGCCCGUUAGUAGCUAAAUCCAGUCAAAGAGCCAAAAAAGGCCCAUCAAAAAAUCCCAGCAGCAGCAGCAGUUAAUGGGCUGAAACCAUCCGUGCAGCAGCAGCGAAAGUUAGGGCAACGGCCCAAUCCCUCCAGGCUCCAUCGCUAAGCACCGCGCCGCCCUUCCAUUUGAAAUUCAAAAUGCAUUCGACUAAGGUGACAGGCUGUACAAUGUACCCUGCCCACCUGUCAGUCAGCCUUUCAGUCAACACACAAGCCGGCGAACGGAGGAAAGGAAAAUCCCAGCCAGAGAAGUAACAGCUGCCAAACCGAAGUCCCCCAUCUCACCCCCACCCCCGUCGAGCCCCGACGACCCUCAACGGCGUUGAUGCGAGCAAGCACGGUGGGCAGUUCGACAGUAGCCGGAAAUUUUUUUACCCCCGGUCAUCUUAUCCGGCGUAAAUCGCUACAGACUAGGCCCCAAACUCCAAGUCAAGCAGUCCCCGGGCAAGAAAUAGCAAAAAUAGCAAAGUUCGUCUUGUUGACUAAUAUGAUCAAGCUUGCAUGGAGCCAUGCACACAUGGAAUUUAGUCAUUUAGCUAUUCAUUUAUUUAUUAAAUUACUUAUUUGAAUAAGUCCAAUAUGGUUAGCUGGUUUUUAGGAGUUGUUGGAGUCAUUGUUAUCCCUCUAUUUUGAACGUGUGGACACACCUUAAACUUAGGAGUAAGUUGAGGUUUACGUGCUGCACUUAGUUUGCUUUGUAAUGUCUAUAAAGGCUUGAUCCAUUUCAGUUUAAUAUAAGUGAGUUUUAAGCAUUCAUAUCCUUCAAUAUAUUAGUAUAGCGUGCACCAACAUUUGGUAUCAGAGUUUAGGGUUAUCCGAAGGCCUAAGUGUGUGAGGAUACAACCCAAAAUGAAUGGUACAAUGCAGACUGCAAAUGGUAAUAGCAGUGGGAAUUCUAUUUCUCAAUUGCCCAUGUUUAAAGGUUCGAAUUACCAUUUUUGGAGUUUGAAGAUGAAAACUCUCUUCAAGUCUUAAGAGCUAUGGAGCAUUGUGGAGGAUGGCUUUGAGGAUAGUCAUCCAGACGACCCAGAUCAAGCCCUAAGAGAUAAGAGGAAGAAUGAUGCUAAAGCUCUCUAUUUCAUCCAACAAGCCUUGGAUGAUGAAGUUUUCCCCAGGAUUGCAGCAUCAUCAACAUCCAAGGAGGCUUGGAGUGUCCUUAAGCAGGAGUAUAUGGGUGAUAAAAGAGUCAUUGAGGUCAAGCUGCAAGGCCUGAGGAGGGAAUUUGAGAAUUCCAAGAUGAAAGACAAGGAAUCUGUUCAAGAUUACCUCUCCAGGAUCACCAAUACUGUGCAGCAAAUGAGGUCUUAUGGAGAGGAGGUUAAGACAAAGAAAGUGGUUAGUAAGGUGCUCAGAAGUCUCUCAAGGAAGUAUACUCCCCUAGUUUCUGGCAUAGAGGAAUCCAAAGAUAUGGAUGUGUAUACCUUUGAUGAACUCAAAGGAUCACUGCAAGCCUAUGAAGAAAGAGAGAUUAAAGAAGAAGAAAAGGAAGAAACUGCCUUUCAAGUUAAAGGUGACUCCUCUCAUCAUGAUAGAACUCGGCAAUCCUCAAGAGGGAGAGGAAGAGGUCGUGGUAGAGGAGGUGGUAGAGGCAGAGGUCGUGGCAGAGGUGGCAGGAGUUAUACUCCUGACAAGAGGGAAUAAGCUUCUGGAGGUAGCCACAAGUACCUAUUUGGGUCAAAUUCCCUAACCUACCAAUGAAACUUUGGAAUGAAGAGGCAAUGAGUGAGGUUGCAUCUAUGGUCGGGGUUCCGCUAAACACAUACAAGAUUACCCAUGAAAGAACUAACCAUAAAUUUGCCAGAGUGCUAAUAGAAGUUGAUGUUUCCAAACCACCCCAACUUUCAUUUCCCAUACGCCUAUCAUCCCGGAAGGUUUUUAGACAAUUUGUGGUGUAUGAAACUUUUCCUAAUUUUUGCUUUCAUUGCAAAGAAUAUGGACAUCACCCUUUUAUUUGCAACAAGUUAGCGGAGAAAGAAAAAGGGGUUUCUAUGAACACGGAAAAUUUGGUCGAAGAAACACACGAUGCUAGCAAUGAGGCUGGAUCCUUAGUAGCUACCCUAGAGGAAAAAUGUGAGGAAAAGGAUCAAGUACCGGAAGACGCAGAUACUGUACGACAGGUUUUGGAGGCUAAUGAGGAAAGCCCGAACCACACGAGAGGUCCAAAUCUUGCACAGGUAAUAGUUGAAGCUAAGGAACAUGUAUCUCAGGAGAUUUCCCCGUUAAUAACCAGAAGUCAAUCAGACACGCUUCAGCAUGACGAGGACUAUUAUAUCUACCCGAUCUACUCAAACUAUGAGUCACCCCACAAGAUAGUAUCAGGACUGAAACGCUACAAGUUGUUACACCCGCAGGCAAAAACGUAUCCUCCUUAUCUUCAACGAGCCAUCCAAUUUCACAAUAAUCACAACCGAGCUCUUUCAACAGUUGUCGGGGUGCCUACAGACUUUAGUUGUUAACUUUUCAUUUUGCAUUCCGCUUUGUAUUUUUCAAUCUGAACUCUGUUUCUGUAAUUUUUAAAUUUAAUAAAUUUGGAAAGUGUUCCCCGGCGCUUUUCCCACACAAAGUGGCUUCUCCGGGCAAAAAAAAAGGUAGCCACAAAAACCCAAUCAAGUGUUAUUACUGUAACAAACCAGGUCACAAGGAAGCUUCAUGUUGGAAGAAAGAGGAAGACAAGGAAGAAGGUAAACAAGAAGCCAAGUCCAAUUAUGCUGAGCAAGAUAACCUCUUUCUUGCCCAGCAUAACUGUGAUUAUGGUGCAAGUGCAGUCUGGUAUGUUGACAGUGAGUGCUCAAAUCACAUGACUAGCUCCAAAGAUAUGUUCAAGGAGUUGGAUGCUUCCAAGAAGAGUGUGGUUAGGCUUGGUGAUGGCAAGCAGUUAAUGGUUGAGGGUCAGGGCACAAUUGCACUUCCUACUGAGCAAGGUAAAACUAAACUUCUGCAUAAUGUCCAAUAUGUGCCUAAUCUAGCUCACAAUCUGUUAAGUGUGGGGAAAUUAGUAUGUGGUGGUUAUAAAGUCUUGUUUGAGGAUGACAUCUGUGUCAUCAAAGAAAAGGUGCAAAAUGCAGUAGUAAUGAGAAUACCAAUGGGAAAGAACAAGGUUUUUCUCUUGGACCUAACCAAAAGUGUUGGGCAGGCACUUGUGGUAAAAGGGGAUGAAAAUGCAAAAUUGUAGCAUCUCAGGUAUGGACAUCUCAAUAACCAUAGCCUGCAUAUACUCAGUACAAAAGAGUUUGUACAUGGAUUACCAAACAUAGGCAACCUGGAGUUCUGUGAAGGUUGUGUCUAUGGAAAACAAGCUAGAGGCUCAUUCCCACAUGGAGGAACUUGGAGAGUAGGACAAUGCUUGGAGUUGAUUCAUGCUGACCUGUGUGGCCCUAUGCAAACUGAAUCAUUGGGAGGAAGUAAAUACUUCUUCUUACUCACUGAUGAUUUCAGUAGGAUGUGUUGGGUAUAUUUUCAAAAGGCCAAGUCAGAGUCUUUUGAAAACUUCAAGAAAUUCAAGGCUUUGGUAGAAAAGCAAAGUGGGUUACAAGUCAAAGCCCUUAGAACUGACAGAGGAGGGGAGUUUGUUUCCAAAGAGUUUACUCAAUACUGUGAAGAUCAGGGGAUCAGAAGGGAACUGACAACACCAUAUACCCCUGAGCAAAAUGGGGUAGCGGAGAGGAAGAACAGAACUGUGGUAGAAAUGGUUAGGUGCAUGCUAAAGGCUAAAAACCUACCUAACUCCUUCCGGGGAGAAGUUGUAGCCACUGCAGUAUACUUGCUCAACAUUUCACCUACAAGGGCAGUGAUGAAUUCAACUCCCUUUGAGGUAUGGAGGAUGAAAAAGCCUUCAGUUGGACAUUUGAGGAUCUUUGGGUGUAUUGCUUAUACACUAGUGAAUUAAAGAUCCAAAUUGGAGGACAAAGCUGACAAAUGUAUCUUUGUGGGCUACUCAGUUCAGUCUAAAGCCUACAAAUUAUUUAACCUUCUCUCUGGUAAAAUAAUCAUUAGUAGGAAUGUGAUAUUUGAUGAGGAUGGCACCUGGUCAUGGACUGAUAAGGGUUAGCAAGAUGACAAUGUGAAGACUACAGUAUCCUUUGAUGAUCAUGCUGAGACUAGGGAUGAGCAACCACCUCCAACACCUUCAUCAACUCCUUCCACUUCUACUAGCUCCUCUAGUAGUCAGUCAUCAUCAGAAUCUGAGAGUGACUCACCUCCACCCAAGGUAAGAUCCUUAAUUGACAUUUAUGAAUCAUGUGAUUUUGCUCUACUAGCCAGUGAACCUACAGUCUUUAAGGAAGUUGUAACUCAAAUUGAAUGGAAGCAUGCAAUGGAAGAAGAGAUUAAAGCCACUGAAAGGAAUGGCACCUGGGAACUUGUUACAUUGCCUAGUGAUAGGAGUGUAAUAGGUUUAAAAUGGGUAUACAAAACUAAGUAUAACCCAGAUGGAACUAUAUCCAAGCAUAAGGCCCGGUUAGUGGCAAAAGGGUAUGCACAAAAGGAGGGCAUUGAUUAUGAAGAAACUUUCUCUCUUGUGGCAAGAUUUGAGACAGUCAGAGUUGUUCUUGCACUGGCAGCUCAAUGGAGACUACCAGUAUAUCAACUAGAUGUGAAAUCAGCCUUCCUUAAUGGUGAACUGAGUGAGGUGGUCUUUGUUGAACAACUAUAAGGGUUUGUGAAGGAAGGGGAUGAAAACAAGGUUUACAAACUGCAUAAGGCAUUGUAUGGGCUCAAACAAGCACCCAGGGCUUGGUACAGCAGAAUAGACUUUUUUUCAUCAAAAAAGGGUUUGUAAGAAGUGAAAAUGAACCUACUCUUUAUGUGAAGAAGCAAGGUAUGACUGACUUUAUUAUAGUGUGUCUAUAUGUGGAUGAUAUAGUAUACCUUAGCUCUUCACAGAGUAUGUUAGAUGAGUUCAAGAAAGUGAUGACCCGAGAGUGUGAAAUGACUGACUUGGGCAUGCUGCAUUACUUUCUUGGGCUUGAGAUUAAGCAGGAUAGACAUGACAUUUUUUUUGAGUCAGAACAAGUAUGCUAAAGACUUGCUCAAGAGAUUUCAUAUGGAGAAGUGUGAGGCUGCUAAGACUCCAAUGAACAUCAGUGAGAAACUACAGAAAAGUGAUGGGACUGAAAAGGCAGAUGAAAGACUUUAUAGAAGCAUGGUAGGAGGAUUGAAUUAUCUUACUCAUUCUCUGCUUGAUAUUGCUCUCAGUGUGAGCAUAGUAUCCAAGUAUAUGCACUCUUCUACCAGACAACACCUGGGAGCAGCAAAAAGAAUUCUGAAGUACAUCUCUGGCACACUUGAGUAUGGCACCAUGUAUUCAAGUGUAAAAGACUUCAAGCUGAGAGGAUACACCGAUAGUGACUGGGCUGGAUGUGUGGAUGAUAGGAAAAGCACAUCUGGAUCAGUAUUUGACCUGGGUACAGGUGCUAUUACAUGGAGUUCAAAGAAACAAGAAACCGUGGCUCUAUCAACCUCAGAAGCUGAGUAUGUGGCUGCAGGGGCUGCAGCAAAGCAGGCUUUAUGGCUAAAGAAGUUGCUGAAAGACUUAUGCUGCAAUCAAGAAUAAGAACCUGAGAUCUGGUGUGACAAUAUGUCAGCAAUAGCCAUGGCAAAGAAUCCUACGUUUCACGCAAGGACUAAACACAUUGAUGUUCAACAUCAUUUCAUAAGGGAGUUUGUAGUUGAGAAGAAAAUAUCAUUGGAAUUCUGUGGAACUUACUGGCAAAAUGCAGAUUUGUUUACCAAGGCUUUGAAUCAUGCUAAGCAUUAUCAUUUCAUGAAAAGAAUCGGAAUGUGCAAGCUUGGAUCAAGGGGAGGUGUUGACUAAUAUGAUCAAGCUUGCAUGGAGCCAUGCACACAUGGAAUUUAGUCAUUUAGCUAUUCAUUUAUUUAUUAAAUUACUUAUUUGAAUAAGUCCAAUAUGGUUAGCUGGUUUUUAGGAGUUGUUGGAGUCAUUGUUAUCCCUCUAUUUUGAACGUGUGGACACACCUUAAACUUAGGAGUAAGUUGAGGUUCACGUGCUGCACUUAGUUUUCUUUGCAAUGCCUAUAAAGGCUUGAUCCAUUUCAGUUUAAUAUAAGUGAGUUUUAAGCAUUCAUAUCCUUCAAUAAAUUAGUAUAGCGUGCACCAACACGUCUUGAGUCAGAGGUGUCCACAACAGAAAGGUUGACUAACAAGAACGUACCAGAGUAAAAACUCGUUUUCAGAAGGCGGCCGCCGGUGACUGCGAACUCCAAACCCCAGCUUUGGCCCAGCACGGGAUCCGUAACGAAGCAGUUAUGGAAGAUGGCCGCGUGAGAGACCUGCUUCGGGACCCUCUAACCCGAAGCUGCCACCAGGAACACCAUCAACCUUGGUGAGAGAAUCAUCUGUAGGCUCUCUGAAGCAGCAAAGAGAAGCGAGAAGGUCCUGAACAUUCCGGGAGCCUAAGAAUCCAUUAACGAGCGUCCCCAUCCACCGUUCUCUGAAUCUUAAGUAUUCCCCAACCGUGCUGUUGCUACGUCUGAGGACGACACUGCUGCAACCACCAGCGAGCUUUCGCUCUAGUUGUGAACGAACAGGAAAGUCGAGAAUGGACACGGCAGACAUCUUCUGAAGCAUAAACCGAUGAUCGUGACACCACCAGACCCCCUCUUGUUGCAUCUACCAGUGAGUCUUGACUUGCUUACAUCCCUGUAAAUCAGCCAUAGACCCCCCAAUCAAGAAACCAGUACAUAACCUUCCAGGAGUUCCGACGCACACCAGACCACAACCAUCACCUUACGUCACCAAGUCAAAAAAAACUCCAAAGAUCCCACGGCCGCCAACAGUGAAGACUUUGAAUACAGAGCGGCCAUGACUCCUUUUCAGCUACGAACCAGCCUAUUCAGAAACCCAUUCAAUCACAAUGAAGAACUUCAACAUCAAACCAUCAAAACCCAAGUAACCCUUUUUCCAAAAAACCAUAGAAAGACAACCUUGAAGCCUACCGGAGCCAGGAGGGCUCCAGCGGCGGCGGCCGCCACGAGUGGCAGUGCCGGAGGGCGGUAGAGCAACCUAGAAGUUUUCUAGUGAGAGAAAUAGCUAUCAACUCUAUCUUUUAAUCACACUCCUGGGAAGUGGUGAAGACCUAUGUAACCAUGGUUCAUGAAGUUGGGUUUAGAAUAGAGGAAGCCAUAUCUGAGAGCCUAGGACUCGACCCAAAAUGCAUCAAGAACAUGAUGGGUGAACAAGGUCAACACAUCAUGGCGGUCAACUACUACCCGCCAUGCCCCCAACCCGAAUUGACCUACGGGUUGCCGGCUCACACCGACCCGAAUACCCUAACCAUUCUUCUUCAAGAUUCACAUGUUGCCGGACUCCAGGUCCUCAAAGAAGGAAAAUGGUUGACCAUCAAGCCCCGCCCAGAUGCCUUCGUCAUCAACAUUGGUGAUCAACUUCAGGCACUUAGUAAUGGCAAGUACAAGAGUGUGUGGCAUAGAGCUAUAGUGAACACCGACAGAGCAAGAGUGUCGGUGGCUUCGUUCCUCUGCCCAGAAAACGACGCCGUAAUCAGCGCCCCGGAGUCGCUUACCCAAGACGGGUCUACGGCGGUUUAUCGGAAAUUUACCUAUCAAGAGUAUUACAGCAAGUUCUCGAGCGGGGCCCUGAAGCAGCAGCACAGUUUGGAGCUCUUCAAGAACUAGCUAAUUAAGCGCUUCCACGUAUACUACUCGUAUCUUAAUUAAUAUAAUAAUAUGCAUGCAUGGAUAUUACGUACAAUAUAUAUGCGUCGUGGGCUUUAUUCUGGUAGUGUACUCUUUAUUUCAAAAGGUACUGACCUGUCAUAUAUGAUACUCGGGUAUAUACUUUGUAAUGAUCAAAUUAAACUACACUAAGGAUUGGAGUGCAUUAUAAAUUUGAAGUAUC